GAUUGGCAGAAUAUCGCCGCCCUACUAAUAUAAAGCAUCAUUUCGACUUCCCUUGCAAGUGGCUCUGCACUGGAUUUUGUUGAUUGCUGUUGGUCUCUUCUCAACGGUCACCUCAUUCCAAGAUGCCACCACCUGCAGAAAGGCGUGGCUUUGGCCGUAUUCCCGACACGUUUUCCAGGGCGGCCGUACAGCAAGGCACCGCCGAAUAUCUAAGUUCUUCACCUGCUCAGGUUACAAGCAAAAAUCCUCGUCUCUUUGCGCUCGUCAUCGGCAUCGAUGACUAUCAUCCAGCCGUUGGCCGCUUGAAAGGAGCCGUCGCAGACGCUGAUAGCGUCGAGGACUUCUUAAAACAGGAUUUGAAGGUACCCCAGGAUCAAAUCAAGAAUCUUCGUGACGCACAAGCCACGAGGAAGUCCAUCCUGGAGGCGUUGAUUCAACUACAGGGUCACCCACGGCAUGGCGGCUUGACAGCCACACCACCCGGCUGGGAAGCCGGGAGUACAGAAAUCCAGCAGCUGAUCCCAUGUGAUUGGAAUGUGAUGUCAGGAGAGAACCAGACGUUGAUUCACGGUAUUCCUGAUCGCACGGUCGCCGUAUUGCUGAAUAGGUUGGCAGAAGCGAAAGGCGAUAACAUUACGGUCAUUUUUGUCUGUUGCCACUCUGCAUCAGGGACCCGCAAGGCGGGCUCUGGUCUCGUAUCUCGUAGCGUGACGUUCCCCCCUGGAUAUGAAACACCUGUCGAUCUCGACCAGGAUAUCUUGCGAAGGACUCCGGGCGCGGCCCGAGCAGUCCAAAUCCCUAAGGGCUUCCUAUCAAAUGGGCUUAGGUCUCACGUCCUCCUCGCCGCCUGCGGAGCGUGGGAGCUUGCGUUCGAGGAUCCCAAAACGUCACGCGGCAUCUUCACGGAAGCGCUACUGGAGGCCAUCAGGGCAAACGGAGUGGAGAAACUGUCGUAUCAUGAGGUCCUGUAUCGGAUACCGCCUCUGUCUGUGCAAACACCUCAAUGCGAAGGUUAUAACCAAGAUCGAAUGUUCUUCGACGGCAAGGCACCCUCUGCGCGUCGUGUCCUCUUUGAAGUACGCAGGGAUGAGGACAAGGACCGGUAUAGGAUCCAAGCCGGUGCUGCUCAAGGCAUCACCGAGGGCGCCGAGUUCAGCGUGUACCAAGAUCGCGCAACAGUCGGCACGGGAACCCCGCUGGGCGUCCUCAGGGUGAACAAAGUUCGCGCCUUCGUCAGUAUAGCUAAGGUGCUUCCAGGUGCCUCCGUAUUCUCGCUUUCCGACCCAGCAUUCGCGCUUCAGACCAAAGUUGGUUUGGCAGAAGAUCUGCGAGUAUACGCCGCACAAAGUCCUACGCUCGCUACCCUCCUUGAUGCGGUUGACCGAAGGAUGCAGGACUCAGAUUAUCACGGUAGGAAGAUCACAUACGCGAGCAACAAGGACCAGGCUGAACUCGGUAUGUCGAUCGAGGACGGGCUUGUUGUCUUCGAUAUCCUUGAUCCACGCGUGACCCAAUACGGAUUGACUCGCCUACCGCAUACCGCCAGCACGGACGCGGACGAGGUGUUCCCCAUCAUCUGUGCCGCUGCAGAUUACUUCUGGCAUCUUCGCCGUAGGAACACCAAGCCUGAGCGGAUCGUGACCGGGGUCACGCUCGAUAUUCGCAAGCUGAACAGUGCUCGGCGAUCUAGCGAUGACUCGGACAGUGACAGUGAUUCGGACGUGCCGCUCGCUUGGAAACCAGAGAAUACCAAUCUCAACGAGAAUGGAAUCCUCGAGCUUCUCCUUGACAAGCCAAUAGACAUCGGAUAUCGGCUCGAAAAUAAUGCUCAACAGCCACUAUAUCCGUACUUGUUCUACUUCAACUGCAACGACCUGAGCGUAGGAUCAUUGAAUGUAACGGCUUCUGCUGGCCGCUUCCAGCCUGAUCGCCCACUCCUUGUGGGAGGCUCUUUGACCAUUGGUUAUGAUGCUAGCGGCUCGUAUCGAACAGUCUUCAAACUAGAGAAGGGACGAGACCUGGAGCCAGCCUGUCGACUACUCUUCCGUGGUGCAGAAGUCGCCUUUCGAUGCGAAGAACCGAACUGGGGGAUGGUUAAACCCGAUCUGCCGGAACCACCAAUAUGGGACACAGUGUUCGUCACGGUUGUGCAACGCCGAGGGACAAAAACACUGAAACCAUCGGCGGAGAAGCCGGCACCAAACCUCCCGACCCCCGCCGCUAAUUUCCUAUUCGCAACCCAACGCCGACUCGAAGAAUUAUGUGCCCAAUUCAAGGACGGUUCCAGAGUAUAUGAUUAUGGCGGAGAGGGUUACAAGAGUAGUGUCCGUCACUUCCUUGACAGCAGUGCGGACGUGGCAGCGUUUGCCGUCCAACCCGGCAGUGAGGAGUCACUGUCCAAGAUCAUACAAGUACUCGCAGCAGAUAAGGCACCUUUUGCCGUGAAGGGUGGAGGGCACGCCAUGAACCCUGGAUUCAGCUCGACGACGGGUGUGCAGAUAUCCAUGGCUCGUUUUGACCAAGUCCGUUUCGACAGUUCCAGCAACACCUUAGCUGUAGGUGCUGGAUGCCUUUGGGACGAGGUUUAUCGAAAGGUCUCCGAUUACGGCCGCAAUGUAGUCGGAGGGGCUGCUUCCGAAGGUGUCGGCGUCGCAGGAUGGCUUCUGGGAGGAGGAUACUCCAUGAAGACGAACAAAUAUGGCAUUGGAAUCGACAACGUCGUCCAGUACCGGAUCGUAUUGCCUGAUGGUAAGAUAUGUGUCGCUACGAAGAACAACGAGUAUACAGACCUGUUUCAGGCUCUCAGGGGGGGUGGCAACAAUUUUGGCAUCGUGACGGAGUUCACGCUCAGGACGCAUCCUCAAACCGGGACAUACGGUGCUGCGUUGUCAUUCCCGGGAACUCAAGAGGAGAAAGUGAAGGCCGCCAUAGUACAGCACGUCACAAACGAGAAGAGGCCUGAGGCUGCCAUCGUCGCCGCCUUCAGGCACACGCUGCUUCAUGGCGAACCGGAGUACAAAAUGUCUGUCUUCUGUGUGUUCGACGCUCCGGAGCCCGACCUGCGUUCAGAAGUACCCUUCCAAGCGUUCGCCGACAUCAUGCGAGAGUACAAUCCAUGGAAAGCAGACCCUGCUGGCUGGGGUACUACGAGAUCUGGAGGGCGCGCUGUCCGUAGGGGUUCCUCUAAUCGAGAGGACGAGAGCAACGAGUCGUACGGAUUCCGCGCGAUGUCAUACGCGGAAGUUCACCAACUCGCCUCUUUCCCGUACGAUCUCGAGACCGACUUGGAGUUGCCCGUCGAGACAUUGUCGAGGACAGGAGCCCGGCGCGCAGCUGGAGACUCGGUCAGUUUCGUCGGAAGACCUUCCUCGCAAAGUCCUAGUGCCUUGCCGCGCACUGUUCGUCAAGCGCAGGGAGGCAGAGCAGUCAAGAAGGCGAUGCUAGGUGUCGGUGAGAAGAAUGCACGGGGUCGCUUCGCAUGCAUCAUGGUCUCCAAGUACACGAAGAAACUUGUGGACGCCGUCGCAGAUGAGGCGCGGGAGGCUGCCAAGUCGCUUCGGGUCAAGAACGGCUUGCUCGUGCUCAUCGACGUCUGGCCGUUCCUCCCUACCAUCUUCGACAACAGCCCCAGCGGCGCUGCGUGGCCACACAAGAAGGGCGAGGCGUUCGGCCCGCUGCUCGCCUACUUCCUAUGGGAAAAGGCGGAGGAUGACGACUUCUGGCUCGGGAAGAUGAAGACCGCCUUGAAGAACAUCCGGGAGGUCGCGCUCGCGGAGGGGUGUACCACGCUGAAGGCACCGUACUACUCCAACACGUCGCUUGAGGACAUCACGCCGAGGAUGAUCUACCGCGGUAAUUUGAGGAAGCUAGGGAAGGUUAGGGCAAAGUACGAUCCGAACGACGUGAUGGGCCAGACGGGAGGCUUCAAGAUACCUCUCGCAGACAACUCUGCCUGAUGGAGACGUGCAGAGAACGACGCGGAGCACGAGGGGGGUUGGAACAUAGUGACUGCUUGUACUGCAGAUUGUAACAUUAGUCCGAACUUCGCUGUGAUCAACUGUCAAUCCAACUUGAUUCAUCUUGAAUGUUCUACGCCCUCGUCCAU